UGUGCUGCUUCAUUUCUGUCUGCCAAUACAGAAAGAAAUCCCUCAAAGGAUUAGGUUUUCUUCAAAGAUUACUCACUGCAAAUGCUACAUCUCCUUCUACAUUUUUUUUCUGAUGCUUUUUUACAGCUAUGACAGAGGAAGUAACAUAUGCUGAUCUGAAAUUUGACAACAGCCUUGAGCUGGGUAAUACCACGGAGCCUGAAGAUCCAAAGGAAAAAGGACCUUGCACUUCAUCUUGCUCUUGCCAGCCAGUAGUCCUGAUUUUCUGCACGCUGUGCCUCGUAUUGCUGAUGGCACUGGUGACCUUUGCAGUCUUAUUUUUCCAGAUUCACAAUGACUACAGGACACAGCUUAGAAACCUCAACAUGACAAAGAAUGAACUGCAUGCAAAUUUCUCAAAUAUGCUGCAAGCAAUAGGAAAUCAACUGUGUUUGGAAGGAGAGGAAAACCUCAAAAAUAAUGGCCAGAACUGUGCACUCUGCCCUGCAAACUGGAUUUGGGAUGGUGUUGAUACAUGUUACUACUAUGCCAAGGAAAAGAAGUCAUGGGAACUGAGUCACAAGUUUUGUUCCUCACAAAACUCUACUCUUCUUCUGAGAAAAGAGGCAACAAUGCCGGACGAACUGUCAAAAAGACUUUCUGAAGGUAUAUACUGGCUUGGAUUAACAUGUAUACCUGCUCUAGGACGCUGGUAUUGGUCAGACAACACAGCUCUUAGGGAAGAUCAAAAGACUAUGAUAAGGACUGCAAGAUGCCACAAACAGUGUGGAUAUUUUUAUUAUGCCAUCAUAUAUAGCAAACCAUGUGAUGAAGUGCUUAACUAUAUCUGUCAAAAACCCGCCAUCCUAUUACAGCGAGGUAACAACCACUGGCAGGAGGAUUGGUUUGUCAGACCAAAAUGAUUAUGAGAAGAUAGAAGAUGUCCUGCAAGACAUAUGUAAAUAUCCCCUCGUGCUACAGGAACAGGCACAGUGGAUGGCUGAAGGAGCAACCCAAGAUUGUCAUUCCAAAUCCAGAAUUUCCAAAUGAUUACUUAGUUUUAACCAACACAAGUGAUAGACAAAAUGGCCAAAAAUUAUGGCCAGGGAAGAAAAUCAUAGUGACAAAGCAAGCAUGUAAAAAAACUGUUCCUCUCCCAGCAUAUGCAGAUACAGUCCUAGUAUCAUUUGUAAAUUCACAACUGCACAGUUGUAAUAUAAUAAAAGUGAUGAGGAUUAAACACUUUGAUUCAGGAGGUGUUCCUGAUAUCUUGCUGGUAUGACUGGUAUGACUGCUUUAAUACACUGCUAGGCUGGCGUAUACAACACACAAACACAGUUAUCCUCAGAAGGUGGGCCAAGGUGUUCCUGAACUGUAUCAAUACUCAUAUGGCACACGAUGGAGCACAGGGAGCCCUUAUAAGGACCUAUGCCUGUGUUCACAGGAUAAGGUAUCCUUUAGCUAUGAAUA